CUCCUCAGGAGUCUACGGCGACGUCAGAGCCACGAUGGGGCGGAAGGAGAUCGUCUGCACCUGGAAGAAGAGCACCACUAACAUCAAGGAUGUGUUCGACUUCAAGGGGAAGAUGGGAUCAGGAUCCUUCUCUGAGGUUUUCAUGGUCCGAGAGAAGACGACGGGGAAACUAUUCGCCCUCAAGUGUCUGAAGAAGAAAUACCUGGCUCACAGUAACCUGGAAAACGAAGUCAACGUCCUGCGAAGGAUAAAACAUGAAAACGUGGUGGGACUGGAGGAUUUCUAUGAGACUCGGACACAUUAUUACCUGGUCAUGCAGCUGGUGUCCGGUGGUGAGCUGUUCGACCGUAUCCUCAGUAAAGGCGUUUACACGGAGAAGGAUGCCAGGACGGUCAUAAAACAGGUUCUUGAAGCCGUUGCGUAUCUGCAUGAGAACAGCAUCGUCCACAGAGACCUGAAGCCUGAAAACCUGCUGUACUACAACAUGGACGAAAACGCCAAGAUCAUGAUCAGUGACUUUGGUUUGUCCAAGACGCUGGAGACCGGCGUGAUGUCGACGGCAUGCGGGACGCCAGGAUACGUGGCUCCAGAGGUUUUGGCUCAGAAGCCGUACAGUAAAACCGUGGACUGUUGGUCGAUCGGGGUCAUCACUUACAUACUGUUAAGUGGUUAUCCUCCGUUCUUCGAGGAAAAUGAGACUCGUCUGUUCUCCAAGAUCAUGAGGGCGGAGUACGCGUUCCACUCACCGUUCUGGGACGAGAUCUCCGAGUCUGCCAAAGACUUUAUCAGGAACAUGAUGGAGAAGAACCCAACGAAGCGCUUCAGCACCGAGGAGGCUCUGAGACAUCCUUGGAUUGCUGGGAACACAGCCAAAGACCUGGACAUCUACCAGUCUGUCUGUGAACAGAUGGAGAAAAACUUUGCCAAAUCCAAAUGGAAGCGGGCCUUCAACGCAGCAACGGCCAUCCACCACAUGAAGAAGCUGCAGCUGUCCCAUAGCGAGGCCACGCCUACUCCUCUGCCCAUGCCCAGCAUCCUGGUCCAGUGCUCCUCCCAGAACCACAUGGAGCCGCCGGAGCCCGGGACCCUGGACCCCAACGGGAACCCGCUCAACGACCCGGAGCCCAGCAGGGGCCCCUGUCGGCCCCUCAGGACCCUCCACAGUGAACCAGGACAUCUCCAGAAUCCACAGGAGUCCAGAGACAUCCACGCCUUCCAGUCAGAGAGUGAGGCCGCGUUCAGGCUGUCCCAGAGAGGGAAGAGACGGGACCACCACCCCCAGUCUGGAGUCUGUUCUGUCAUGUGAUCGACCACCUCACCUGAGAAUCUGAUUCAGAUGUUGGUGUCCGUUCACCUGCUGUUACGCUUCGUGACGUCUGCCGGAGUGUUUGUCUGCAGAAAACGUCCGUCACCGUGAACGCUGUCUGUUUCUCAUCCAGUGAAACUGAUAAAACAGAGACGUUCAGGUUCCACAUACAACCCAACAUGGUCUAAACUGGGUCCAGUAAAAAAAUAACAGAAUAACAGCAAUAGUCAUUUUAUUC